CUGUAACUUUACACCGGCCGGAGCGCGCGAGGCCUAGUUUUAUUCAGGAACCAGCGACCCGGGCUUCCCAGCAAGAUCCUCGCAAACUGUGGCCGGAGGAACGGUUUGUCCUAAAAGCUCUUUGAGAUUUCUAAGUCGUGUUGCCAACUUCCCGGGGAGGCCACCGCGGGCAGCUUCGGAGUGAGGGUGUUGCAGGAGCCGUGGGGGGGUGCACCCCAGGGGUAAUCCCAGCCCCCUCGCCGGACUCCCCGGGAGCUGCGGUCCAGCCCCGCUCUUGCAGGACUUUCCCAGCACAGCCUGGGGCUAGGAGAUGAACGUGGCCGCCAAGUACCGCCUGGCCUCCCUGUACGUGGGGGACCUGCACGCCGAGGUCACGGAGGACCUGUUGUUCCAGAAGUUCAGCGCCGCGGGGCCCGUGCUGUCCAUCCGCAUCUGCAGGGACCUGGCCACGCGCCGGCCCCUGGGCUACGCCUACGUGAACUUCCUGCAGCUGGCGGACGCCCAGAGGGCCCUGGACACCAUGAACUUCGACGUGAUCAAGGGCAGACCCAUCCGCCUCAUGUGGGCUCAACGCGACGCCUGCUUAAGGAAAUCGGGAAUUGGGAACGUGUUCAUCAAGAAUCUGGACAGAUCCGUAGACAACAAAACCCUCUACGAGCACUUCUCGGGGUUCGGAAAGAUCCUGUCCUCCAAGGUGAUGAGUGACGAUCAGGGGUCCAAGGGCUACGCGUUUGUGCAUUUUCAGAGCCAGAGCGCUGCGGACUGCGCCAUCGAGCAGAUGAACGGCAAAGUGAUCAACGACCGACAGGUGUUUGUCGCCCCAUUCAAAACCCGCAAGGAUCGCGAGGCUGAGCUCAGAAGCAGAGCCAGCGAGUUCACCAAUGUUUACAUCAAGAACUUUGGGAAUGCCAUGGACGAUGAGAGACUCCAGGGUGUUUUCAGUAGAUUUGGCAAGACCCUGAGUGUUAAGGUGAUGACUGAUUCCAGCGGGAAAUCCAAGGGCUUCGGCUUCGUGAGCUUUGAUAGCCACGAGGCCGCCAAAAAGGCUGUGGAAGAAAUGAAUGGGAAAGACAUUAACGGGCAGCUCGUUUUUGUGGGCAGGGCACAAAAGAAAGUAGAGCGACAGGCUGAGCUGAGGCAGAAGUUUGAGCAGACGAAGAAGGAAAGAAUCCGCGGGUGCCAGGGAGUGAAACUCUAUGUUAGGAACCUAGAUGACACCGUUGAUGAGGAACAGCUACGAGAGGGCUUCUCGUCCUUUGGGUCUAUCAGCAGAGUCAAGGUAAUGCAGGCCGGAGGGCACGGCAGGGGCUUCGGCUUGAUUUGCUUCUCCUCUGCGGAGGAGGCUGCCAAAGCCGUGACCGAGAUGAACGGCCGCUUCCUGGGCUCCAAACCCCUCAGCAUCGCCCUGGCCCAGCGGCCCUGAGAGGGCAGCUUUCUCACCAGGUGCAGAGGAGUGGAGAGCUUUACCUGCACUGUCUCCAGGAGACCGCCAAACCCGCUGAUGGCUGCUGAUUUUAUUACAUUUUGCAAUAUGAUUUGUUUUUCACGCAAAUCCAUUUUUUUUCUUUUGAGGAAAAAUAAACGGAUCUUAGGUUUAUUGUACAUAGGCACAGUUUCUACUGUUAAAAUUAUAUAUAUUUUCUUAGUUUUGAUAUAAUAUUCACAGCAAUAAAUA